CUUCCACCCCACAGGAGGAUAUCUCCAUGAAGGAAGAGAAUCUCUGCCAAGCUUUCUCUGAUGCCUUGCUCUGCAAAAUCGAGGACAUUGAUCAUGAGGACUGGGAGAACCCUCAGCUCUGCAGCGACUAUGUUAAGGACAUCUACCAGUAUCUACGGCAGCUUGAGGUUCUGCAAUCCAUAAAUCCACACUUCUUAGAUGGAAGAGAGAUAAACGGACGCAUGCGCGCCAUCCUGGUGGACUGGCUGGUGCAAGUCCACUUCAAGUUUAGGCUGCUUCAGGAGACUCUGUACAUGUGCGUCGCCAUCAUGGACCGAUUUUUACAGGUUCAGCCUGUUUCUCGUAAGAAGCUUCAACUGGUUGGGAUUACAGCUCUGCUUUUGGCUUCCAAAUAUGAGGAGAUGUUUUCUCCAAAUAUUGAAGACUUCGUUUACAUCACAGACAAUGCUUAUACCAGUUCCCAAAUCCGAGAGAUGGAAACACUGAUUUUGAAAGAACUGAAAUUUGAGUUGGGUCGACCUUUGCCACUACAUUUCUUAAGGCGGGCAUCAAAAGCUGGGGAGGUCGAUGUGGAACAGCACACUUUAGCCAAAUAUCUGAUGGAGCUGACUCUCAUUGACUACGACAUGGUGCAUUAUCACCCUUCAAAGGUGGCAGCGGCUGCAUCCUGCCUGUCCCAGAAGGUUCUGCGCCAAGGAAAAUGGAACUUAAAGCAGCAGUAUUAUACUGGAUACACAGAAAAUGAAGUAUUGGAAGUCAUGCAGCACAUGGCCAAAAAUGUAGUGAAAGUUAACGAAAACUUAACAAAAUUCAUCGCCAUCAAGAAUAAAUAUGCAAGCAGCAAACUCCUGAAGAUCAGCACAAUUCCUCAGCUGAACUCAAAAGCUGUCCAAGAGCUUGCCUCCCCUCUGAUGGGACGGUCCUAGGCUGCUGUGGCCCUUGGGGAAGAGUGCUCCGUCCGUGCACUUGGUCUCGCUGAUUUGGAGCUCUUCACUUUGUAUAUAGUCCUCUGGUCUAUUUCAUGAAACCUUUCCUUAGACCUAUUUUCUAAAAUGUAUAUUGAGGAAAAAUAAAGCUGUUAAUUUUUCUUAAAGU